GAUUAGUGUCCAACGUACGGUUGCCUGUUGCGGGCGCGCUUAAAAAGUAUGCGCCGGAAUCCAGUUCAUAUAGUUUCCCAUCGAAAUCCAAGUGUGCGAUGAACUUUGGCAAAGAAUUCGGCCUCCAUUUGGGCGUUUUUCUGAUUGUGAUCUUUGUGAUCUUCGGAUGUCUACCACUGGUUUGCUUCUAUGUGCGCAUCGAGAAUCGAAAGCUGGCAAAAAUUUGCCCGCCCAGGUGUCAACGAAGCCGGCAAAGGCAACGGCAAUUUAAUCGCGAUUCAAAUCAAAAUGAUCGGCAGAACAAUGUGGAGCAGGGACGCGAUCACAGAAGCUUCAACGAUAUAUUCUUUAUUGAGCCAAAUAGUCCGGAGGCGGCACGCAUACGCGAGCAGCUCGAAAAGGAUGACAAGGACUUGCCAAGCUACGACGAUGUGAUACGCAUGUGCAAUCUAACCACGCCAACAGCCGCAGCAGCUCCAGCAACGCCAACACCAACUAUGGAGUCUACUUCGAUUUGCCUUGCUGCAUUGCCGGCGCCGCCAUAUUCCGAGGUAGAUCCGCACCUGCAUCUUGCUGAAAAUAGCCUUGCAGUCAGCUCAUUGGAGCAAACCCCGUCCACAUCACGAGCGCACACCACAUCCACAACGAUGGUGUGAAAUUAUUUGGGCUGAAACUAGUUGGCCGCUUCAGCAUAUUCCAGUGCCACUCUGGGCCACACAGACCAGGGUUUGUGUGUGCUUCCCAUAUGGAGAAAUGAAAAUGUGUGAUUUUAUAAACUACUAUACUUAAGAAUGAGAACAUAGAUUUGAUAAUUGUACAUAUUUGUAAAUAUUUAUAAAUUUAAGGUGCAAUAUAUAAUAAAUUUAGGUAAAUUAAACUCAAUUGCUUGCAAAAAAUAAAGAAAAACAAACUC